AUGGCAUUCAAGAAGGUCGCAAUCGCAGGUGCCACUGGCAACCUUGGUCCUCACAUUGUCAACGAGCUAGUCAACCAAGGCUUCGAAGUCACCGUCCUCACAGCCUCGGGCAACGCCUCUGGUCUACCUUCAGCAAUCAAGGUUACCAAAAUCGACUUUUCCUCUCAAGACUCUCUGGUCUCUGCUCUGUGCGGCCAAGAAGCCUUUAUCUCGGCAAUCCCCAAGCAUGAAGAUCAACCUGCUCUCAUUGAUGCCGCUAUCGCUGCUGGCGUCCAGAGAUUUAUCCCUUCAGAGUUUGGCAGCAAUAUUGUUGGCAAUGAGGAUGUUCGUGCUCUGCCUGUUUUUGCCGGCAAAGUCAAGACGCAGGAGUACUUGCGUGCCAAGCAGGAUCAAAUCAGCUAUACCCUUUUGACCAACGGAUUGUUCCUGGACUGGGGUAUUGGAUUGGGCUGGCUCAUCAACCUCAAGGGAAAGACUCAGAUCAACGACAACGGCAACAGUGUCCACAGCUUUACUCUUCUCAGUGACGUUGGCAAAGCUGUAGCCGGUAUCCUCAACCACCCAGAAGAAACCAAGAACCGUGGAGUUUAUGUUCAAACCGUUGCCCUCAGCCAGAACCAAGCCUUGAAGAUUGCGCAAAAGGUCAACCCUGACUUCAAGGCCGAGACUGAGAAGGUCGAUCUUGCACAGGUGGAGAAGAAUGCUUAUGCAGAGUUGAGCAAGGAAAAUGGAGACAUCGGUAGUGCUAUGUUGGACUUUGUCAAAAUUUCAAUCUUCAAAGAUGGCUAUGGCAAUUUGUGGAGUGAGAAGAAUGACAACGAGUUGCUUGGUGUCAAGGGCUUGUCAGAGGCUGAGAUUGGAGACUUGAUUGCCAAAUCCUUCUGA